CACAAACCGUGAUUUAUUAGCGCCCCAGUAUUGGAGGUUUAGAAGAAAAUAAAAUAUAUAUUUAGAUAAAUACCUUUUUCAUUUUAGGUAUCAAAAUCAUAGUAACCUUGUAAAUGUGAUAGUUUUUAAGAUGGUCACAGACUCGUUGGAAAAUGAGUUAUAUAUUUAAAUUUAAAGCACUGGCACAGAAACGCCAUCAUUGCUGAUAUUUAUGUUAUGUUUACGAUUUUUGAAAUUAGGUGAAUAUGUUUCUAAAAUGUUUAUAAUAUAUGGCUGUCCCUUUAAGACCAGGCAUAACUAGUGGCUGAAGUUCGAUGAACUCUGAUAGCAGGGCUGCUCCUAUCAGACACGUGGUUGGCUUGCAUAGCCAGCAUCGCGCAUAGAGUUUCUUGUCACAUUUAUUUCUGUUAGUCGCACGAGUCGAGGUAUUGUCUUAGUUAUGUCACAGAUCCAGGCACGGUUCUUCACCCAAAAUCUAAAGUAUAAAAUAGAUGAUGUUCCAUUCUCCAUUCCUGCUACUGCUGAGGUUACAGAUCUUAGUAAUGUCAUCAACAAAGUUCUUGAAAGCAAGAAUGAUGAUCAUACACAUGUGGAAUUUGAUUUCCUCGUCAAGGGACAAUUUCUGCGUUUGCCCCUCAUCAAGCAUAUGGAUGCUGAGGGGCUUUCAACAGAAGAGGUAGUUGAAAUUGAGUACGUGGAAAAGUUCACGGCACCUCAGCCCGAAGAGUGCAUGCUUCAUGAUGACUGGAUCAGUUCUAUUGCAGGAGCAGAAGAAUGGAUUCUGACGGGUUCUUAUGACAAGACUGCUAGGAUUUGGUCGCUGGAAGGAAAGCCUAUUAUGACUAUUGCUGGUCACAGUGAGGUUGUUAAGGAUGUGGCCUGGGUGAAAAAAGAUAGCCUGUCAUGCCUGCUGCUAAGUGCAUCAAUGGACCAAACUAUUAUUUUGUGGGAAUGGAAUGCGGAACGGAACAAAGUAAAGGCCCUCCAUUGUUGUAGAGGUCACGCUGGCAGUGUGGACACAAUCGCUGUGGAUGGAUCAAGAACCAAAUUUUGCAGUGGAUCAUGGGACAAGAUGCUGAAGAUAUGGUCAGCAGUCCCCACGGAAGAGGAAGAUGAAAUUGAAGAAACACCAGAUCGGCCUAGGAAGAAACAGAAAACAGAAAAGCUCGGUCUGACAAGGACUCCUAUUGUUACAGUCUCAGGCCACACCGAGGCCAUUUCUUCUGUGCUGUGGUCUGACACAGAUGAGAUUUGCAGUUCAUCAUGGGAUCACACAAUUAAGAUCUGGGAUGUUGAAACCAGUACUUCUAAAACCUCCUUGACAGGAAAUAAGGUAUUUAACUGCAUUUCUUACUCGCCACUUUGCAAACGCCUCGCAUCUGGAAGCACGGACAGGCAUAUCCGCCUCUGGGAUCCACGGUCCAAAGAUGGGUCCCUGGUUUUGCUUUCUCUGACUUCGCACACAGGAUGGGUCACAGCGGUAAAAUGGUCUCCUUUUCAUGAACAUCAGCUUGUUUCUGGAUCUCUUGACAAUAUAGUCAAAUUGUGGGACACCAGAAGUCCCAAAGCACCACUUUAUGACUUGGCUGCUCAUGAGGAUAAAGUACUCAGUGUUGAAUGGACAGAAGCAGGGCUGAUCCUGAGUGGAGGGGCGGACAACAAGCUUUAUUCAUACAAAUAUACAACAUCACCAUCAGAUGUGGGAGCAUGAAUAACGAACAUUUAUCAUUUGCAAUGACUUUAAAAUAUUUUGUCUAUCACCUGAACUGUUUUGGGAGAAAACCCACUUUACAAUCUUGUCACCCAUUUAUCAAUGGGUCAUACAUAUUUAUCCCAUGGCAUUGUUGGAUCUUUGCUGCUCUGUUUGGAAUUAAACAAUGUUUUAUUUUAA